AAAUUACCAUCAACCUUUGAAGGAUCGGAGAACAAAAGAAGAAGAGUCAUGACAAUUUAUUCCCAGAUCGGCCGACAAGCCGUAUCCAAGAUGUGUGACGGAAAAGCACUGCCGGUCACUGCCUCGUUCGUGGGCAGUGACACUGGUAAAUGCUUGGCCACCAAGCAAUUGUCGUCACCAUUCUCAUUCCAAGCCACAAAGGUCUCACAAGCACCCUGUACUUAACAGUCGUAAUCCCUCACCUUUGUCUUUUGGCACGAGUAAAUCUAUCAUCAAUCAUACUCACACACGCGAACAUGUAUCUCGAACCUCGACAGUAUUAUGGUGGCUACAACCGCUGCUAUGGCAACAAUUGUAACAGCACCUGGAAUCGCUGGGGUCGCUGGGUGCUUCUCGCAUGCAUCGUCGCAGUCUUCUUCGUCCUGUUCUUCCUCUUCUCAUGUCUAUCCGCAAGAAGACGUCGUAGACACGGCGCCAACCCUUACUAUGGUACUGGUUGGACAGUCCGCCACGGCACUCCCACCUACAACCAGAAUGCUCAGCCGCAGUACGCGACCGGCACAAACUCGACACCUUACUACAACAACUCCAACAACCCUCCUCCAGCCUACACCGCUCCUCCCAACACCACCAACUAUGGCAACAACUUUGAGAUGCAGCAGCCUCAGCCCGCCUACACUGGCGCCUACGCUCCUCCCAAGGAUCCUCCCCCGGGCAGAUACUAAUCAAAGGACGAGAUUACAAACACUAUCGCGCAUCAUUGAACAACCAAGAUGCUUGUAAUGAGGAAUGGAACUGGACAAGGAUAUAAUAAUGGCGUUACGGAAUGGCGUGGAUUUGAUACCCCAAGAGAGCUGCGACGGUUAUGAAAACAUCAAUGGGUGUUUCUCUUUGUCCUUGAAUACGAUGAACGCUGUACCAUCACUAUAAUAUUGAAACCGUUUUGACAAUCCUCGC